GGAACAUGGCUUAAUCGCGACAAUGGUUGGCAAGCAGGGAGUUGGGGUUCGCCCGGUAAACUCCAAAACCCCUCCAACGUAACCCGCAUCGCCCGCGCCAUGACUGCCGAAGACUCGGCCAAACAUCCUCAGAUCGUCUUCUAUCAAGCCGGAAUCGGCACUGGACUCGGCCUAUACGAUCAACUCCUCGGAGGAGGAACUGGCAUGGGCUUGUCCGAGAACAUCCGUGAAGCCUACGCGUUCCUAGGAACCAACUACUCCACCGAAGACGGUCUCAGCAAGCCCGACUCGAUCUUCCUACUCGGCUUCUCCCGCGGCGCCUUCACAGCUCGCAGCCUAGGCGGCUUCAUCGCUGCGGUUGGGAUCCUCACCAAGAAAGCCAUGCCUUUCUUCUACGAGUGCUUUGCGGAUUGGGAACAUGCCGGGGACGACGACUAUGCCCCUCGCUUCAUCGACGCCUACUGCGCUGCGUUUCCCGCCGAAGCAGAGACUUACAUGUUCGCUUACCGCAAACACCUCCUCUCCCUCGGUCUCACGCAAGAAGUCCAGAUCAAAUGCAUCGGCGUCUGGGAUACUGUCGGUGCGCUUGGUGUACCUGUGAAUCCGUUUCUGCAACGUUUGGGUCUCCCGUCGUUUAUCAGAGAGUACGCAUGGUACGACACGCGGCUGUCUGACGUGGUAGAGAAUGCGUUCCAGGCUCUCGCGCUGGACGAACAUCGUGCGCCGUACUCACCUGCUGUGUGGGAGUUGGACGAAGGAAGCACGACGAAUUUGAAACAAGUCUGGUUUCCCGGCGCGCAUAGCAAUGUGGGCGGAAGCUUUGAAGACUACGGCGUAGCGAAUCUGACUUUGAGCUGGAUGAUGGACCAAAUGAGCGGCGCCACACGAGAUGCAACGAAACCUUUCGAGUCGUUGGACUGGAUCAUGUUUGACAAGGAGUAUGUGCAGCGGUGUCUUGAUUGGACGGCACGGUGGUACGACGAGCAGCCGGAGAGGAAAGUCUACAAAGGCUGGGCGAUGGGCAAAGUCUACAAUAGCAACACGUUUCCAAAGUCGCUCGCCGGUGCUGCGACGCGGACACCGGGACUGUAUCGAGAAACGGACUAUGCGACUGGAAAGUACACGGAGGAGUAUUUGCGGAAGACGAAUGAGUAUAUCCAUGCUUCUGUGCGGAUGAGGAUGGAGCAAGGUGGCAGGGAAGUGGAGCCGAAGUCGAAGAUCGGAGUGUUCUUUCGCAAGAUUUGGAGAACGAUUGCGUUCCAGAAGCAGCUCAAUGCGUAUCGACCGCAGCGGAAGGGUGGUGUAUUCCAUGGUGCUGGACCGUUGCAUGGCUGGCGUCUUGAAGCGGGAGAUAAGACGCAGCAUGACCAGGGUGCAGGGACUGAUGAGAGUAGACGUGCGUGUUGGAAGUACGAGGGAAAAUUGCAGCCCCCUGGAAGGCUUUUGAGGGAGGACGUCUUUGCGGAGAAGGGCUUCGAGGAGAUGUACUUGAGGCACGGUGGGAAAUCCGAGGGAGAGGGGAAGAUCACAUUUCUCGAGAGCCCAUCGUCGGCGGGAAAGAGGAUUUCAGGAAGCAGUGGUAAUGCGAAGACAUUUUGA